GGCGGGCGCGCCGGCCGAGCUGCGGGUCCGCGUGCGGCUGCCCGACGGCCAGGUGACCGAGGAGAGCCUGCAGGCGGACAGCGACGCCGACAGCAUCAGCCUCGAGCUGCGCAAGCCCGACGGCACCCUCGUGUCCUUCACCGCCGACUUCAAGAAGGAUGUGAAGAUCUUCCGGGCCCUGAUCCUGGGGGAGCUGGAGAAGGGGCAGAGUCAGUUCCAGGCCCUCUGCUUUGUCACCCGGCUGCACCACAAUGAGAUCAUCCCCAGUGAGGCCAUGGCCAAGCUUCGACAGAAAAAUCCACGGGCAGUGCGGCAGGCCGAGGAGGUACGGGGCCUGGAGCACCUGCACAUGGACAUCGCCGUCAACUUCAGCCAGGGGGGCCUGCUGAGCCCCCACCUCCGCAACGUGUGUGCCGAGGCCGUGGACGCCAUCUACACCCGCCAGGAGGACGUCCAGUUCUGGCUGGAGCAAGGUGUGGACAGCUCUGUGUUCGAGGCUCUGCCCAAGGCCUCAGAGCAGAUGCGCCUGCCUCGCUGUGGGCAGGUGGGGGACCGCGGGAAGCCCUGCAUCUGCCGCUAUGGCCUGAGCCUGGCCUGGUACCCCUGCAUGCUUAAGUACUGCCACAGCCGCGACAGGCUGACACCCUACAAGUGCGGCAUCCGCAGCUGCCAGAAGAGCUACAGCUUCGACUUCUACGUGCCCCAGACGCAGCUGUGUCUCUGGGACGAGGACCCCUAGCCGGGCUGGGGGGGGUGGUCCCUGAGGUAGCCGCUCUGGGCCAUGGCUCCUCCCCCAGCCACCAGAGCGGG